AUGCUGCACUGUUAUGCUCACUGGUUGUGGAGUUUAUUGUUUUCGUUCUCAUACCGCUACUACAUACUGGGACAUUCCACCCCGAAAACAAGAACUGUUAUAUCUAUUAUUAUACUCCUGUACAUCCCAUCUUUCAUUCAAUUUGUCAUUUUCUGUUUUGCUGGCGGCAAUGUGGAGGACGUGAAAUUUUUAAUAGCGAAAAAAUUCAACUACAAUAUGACUUUUGAAUGCGUAACCGGUCAUGUGAAUGUCUUUGAUUGGAAGGUGCUUUCGAUGAUUCUCUACAUGACCGUACCAGUGACACCGGUCUACACUGCAAUUCUUAUCCUCAGAAAAUUGACUAUAUCAAAACUAAGAGCCGAGAGGAUCAUGUCUGAAAAUAGCAAGCAUCUGCACGGACAGCUUCUC